AUGGCUUCAUCUACACAGCAAGACGCGACGCCAUUGGUCCUAGGAUAUAGUGACAAACAUCCCUUCUCGAAAGUCAACAUCACAGAUAGGACGAGUGUGCAGGACCUCCUCAAAACGAUUCUAGAUCCGCUGAAACCGCAUUUCUCUCCGCUGAAAACUACGAUACGCGUCCCGGGCGGUACAGCAGUAAGAUUUGACAACAAAGCGGCAGAAAUCGAAGGGAUAUGUCGACCUAUGUGGGGCCUCGCAGGCCUGCUUGGAGGCGGAGGAGAAUAUGAGGGCACUUCGUGGUUUGUGGAGGGAUUGAAAACUGGUACGGAUCCGGAAAGUCCAGAGUUUUGGGGAUGGCCUAGGGAUAAUGAUCAACGAAUGGUGGAGAUGUGUCCAUUGGGAUUUACGCUCGCUGUGGCACCGGUAUUCUGGGAUUCGCUAUCCGAAAAGGAGCGUACGAAUGUCGAGAAUUGGUUGGGGAAUUCUAUAAAUGAAAAGAACAUGCCGAACACGAAUUGGCUUUGGUUCAGGGUUUUCGCAAAUUUGGGUUUGAAGAAGAAUGGGGGGAAGUACUCGGAAGAGAAGAUUCAGCAGGAUAUUAUACACCUAAAUGGAUUUUACCGUGGGGAGGGCUGGUCGAAUGAUGGCCCGCAAGGCAUAUGGCAGCAGGAUUAUUACAGUGGGAGUUUUGCUAUUCAAUUCCUCCAACUGCUGUAUGCUAAACUGGCCGGUGACGACGAUCCCGUCAAAGCAGCAGAAUUCAAGAAACGAGCUCAAGAUUAUGCAUUGGACUUUAUACAUUAUUUCGACGAGGAAGGUCGAGCAAUCCCAUUCGGUCGAAGUGUUGGUUAUCGAUUUGCAAUGGCAGGUUUUUGGGGUGCUCUUGCAUAUGCUGAUGUGGAAUUGCCAACACCACUCACUUGGGGAAUCGUCAAAGGACUGUUGCUAAGAAACUUUCGCUGGUGGCAGACGCAAGAUGAUAUCUGGAGUCCAACAGGUACUUUGACAAUUGGUUAUACCUUUCCCAACAUGUACAUGGCCGAAAACUACAACUCUCCUGGAAGCCCGAUGUGGGCUUGUCUAGCAUUCAUAUGUUUAGCAGUCCCUAAAGAUCAUCCUUUCUGGACAUCAGAAGAAGAGCCAUACCCAACUCACCUCGUGAAGGAAGCAAAACCAUUGAAGCAUCCAGGACACAUAAUCAGCUAUCUCGGUGGCCACCGUCUGUUACUCUCUUCUGGUCAGGCUUGCGGUUAUCCAAUGAAGGGAACGCACGCAAAAUAUGGAGCUUUUGCAUACAGCAGCGCCUAUGGAUAUUCAGUCCCAACAGGUUGCUUCACUUUGGAACAGUAUUCACUCGCCUCGCAACUCGGACUUUCCGACGAUGGUGGCGAGUUCUGGAAAACUCGGAGGCUGUGUGAGGAAGCUGUGAUCGAGACGUAUGAGGAGCUACCUGUGCUGAGGUCGAUCUGGAGACCCUUCCCCGACGUGAAGAUCAAAACCUAUCUAAUUCCUCCUGUCGUAUCAACACCAAAUUGGCAUCUGCGAGUUCACAAAAUUGAAGCGGGUCGGGAAGUCAUGACAGCUGACGGAUCGUUUGCGAUCUACAAUGAGAGAAAGCUCGAUCGUCGAUAUCUAGAACUCUACGACUCGAAAAUUUGCGAGGGAACGAUGCCAAAGAUCAUUGGCAACUAUGAUUUAAAUUCUCCCGAGGGUAGCUCGCCCGGUUCAGUCGGAUCAUUUGCAGUAUCCAAAGGUGCUGUGGGAAUUGUUGAUCUGGACGUGGAUAGCCCGCGUAUAGCAAUGCUUGUCAAUGCGGACCCAAAUUCCAACAUUGUGGAAGCUAGAACUGUCAUUCCAACAUUGCAGCACACGAUUAAGAAAGGGGAGACUGCUUGGUACAUCACUGGAAUCUAUGCUAAGCCAUCGAAAGAAGGAGUCGCCGCAUCCAGCUAUCUUGAUGGGUGGGAAAAGAAACCACUGAUUCCAGCUUGGUUGAAGAGCGAGAUACUCAAGACAUGA